UAGAGUAACCCUGGUGGAUGGAGUGCGACAGUAAAGAAGAGAUGCAAAAGAAAAUCACCCAUCGCGAAACAUCAGAUGAUAAAAUCUGGUUAUGAGGUUCAAGAGAAAUCAUCCCAACUAGUCAAUCGAGGAUCGACUAACAGAGAAGAAAUGAAUGUUCCAACAGCAGAAGAAUAUUUUCCAAGUCUACAUCUUUUAUUUGAAGAUGUCACUUCUUAUUGGAAAAAUUGAAUUACGGCUUGAAAUCGAAAGAAAAUCAAAAUUCUAAGUGAAACACUUUAUCAGUAUAAACUUCUUCUGAUUUCUAACGAAAGAUGGUGAAUCCAGUACAAACAACACAUCUAGUCAAAGGUCGUUAUGAGAAUUUUGCAUCUUGUCAUCGACCCACCGUAAAUAGUCAGUGGUCAGUAUGGUAUUGUGUAUUUGCAUUAUCACUUCAAAUUUAUAUUAUGGCCACAAGUAUACAAAGGUUUACUCGUUAUGUAUCUUUACCAUGGCCACCAAAUGGACAACCCUAUUUUGAACUGAAUGCGUAUGUUGCUUUCAUUGGAUCAGCUGUAGUGCUGAUGCCAUUUUUUGUAAUACUUGCUCUUAUGAAAGUUGGAAACUAUGCAAAUGAUGGGCACAAAAUUGGGAAUGAGGAACCAGACAUGGUCGUUUAUCAAAAUCUGCGAAAGAAAAAGUAUUGUCGAUGGAUUAAAUCUCUGUGGAAACAUGGAGGGCCUUUAGCACCUUUAAUACAUUUAGCCGCAUCAUUGUGCCUUUUGCUGCCAAGACUACUAGUAGAGGCGCAGCUUAUAAAACAUGGCUUCCUUGGGAAAGGUGCUAUUUGGAGAACAGAUUUAGACUUUUUCAUUACUCAUAAAGACAGAUUAGUAACAUUGCGAUUUUUAGCAACUCUCAAUUCGACUGAAGUAUGGGGUCAGCAAAUUGAUGAAUCUCCAAAGCCAUAUCAUCGCCCAGAAAUUCAAGUUGAAGAGCAUGCCGUUAUUUCUAUAGAGUUCAUUAACUACUCUUUAGCAUUAUUGGUUUUUGCUAUUAGGUACCCAGCUGUUUACUGGAAUACAAAUAAAAGCUAUGGGUUGCUUUUUAGUUGUUAUUUGUUACUGACUGCCUUUCAGCAACUUCUAACGUAUGCAGGAUUUUCAAUUUUAUACAAAGUUCAUAUCUGCGGACCAAGAGAAAUUUUGCUGAGAUUUAGUUCACUAUUCCUAAAUGUGAAACUGACUGUUUUAUCAUUUUUUGUGUAUACAACAUUACUUAUAGUUUCAUCAACUGUACUGUAUUUUUACGGUCUUCAAAAAUAUAAAGAAUGGUUGGAUAACAGAUUGCAGUGUCAACUAAUACGUUGGAAGCAAGAAUCUCGAAGACUGUGGGGAGUCGCCCCUCACUUAACAGCCUUCGUACUGUUAUUAGCCACUGCGUUGUGUGCUGGCCCUUUAAUGUAUGAUUAUACAUUAGUAUACUGCGGAAGUUUAGAUGGAAUUGUACUUGCUGGAAUUACAGGAACUAUAAUACAUUUAUUUCUGUGGAUAGUGUUGUGGUUGAUACUAACUAUUAAGCACAAAUGGAUUUUUAUGUCCUCUCAUGGUCAUGGAAGCUCACAAAUAAGUGUGUUUAAAGGGAGCAAUCAAGAAACACCUUUGCUUGUGAUCGAUCAUGGACAGACUUACCAAAUUAGAGAAAGAGACUCAAAAAAAGCAAUUCUUAAUAUUGUAAAUAAAUCUCUGGCAUCCUUACCUAAACUAUCUCCUACAGAGGAUGAUGACAUAUAUUGGUUAAAGCCAAAACCUCCCCCUCCAAAAGAAGGAGAACGUUCUUCCACUUGGCAUAAAACUCAAAGAAAAUCUCCUGGGCCCAAACACAAAGUUAUCUUCCAAGAAGGUGUUGGAUCAACUGCAACUUGCAAAAGGACGAGAUCAUUAAAAAAAUCUCCAAAAAAUAAUCGCCGAUUUAAAAAGCAAAAUGUAAAAUUUGAAGAACUUUCUGAUUCAGAUGAUGGUGAUUAUGCAACUUUAAGAGACAUGACUGUCGUGAGGGAAGAAGGAGAUGGAGAGGAUGGGUUGCUAGCUAAGAGGCUGCGACCACGAGAUGGGAAUGACUUCACCAGAAGAGAUUAUGAGAAUGUGGAGAUAAAUCCUUUUUUAUCACCUUUUGAAAAAAGAGGUGGAAGUGAAGAUUACGAUAAUGCAACUUUGAAAGUAUCAGUGUCUGUGCAUAGCCCAUCAUCUCGAAGAACUGAUUCUGGCGUUUCCAGAGGUGAUUUAUCACCAAGAUCUGAAACAAUAAGUGAAUCUUCAACAUCUCCAGAAAAAGGAACCAGUGAAUCAUCGAGUGGAGUUCAUUCAAAUGCUAGCUUAGAAAAUAAGCGUGCAUCCAGCAUGGAAAAUGUUGGUUUCAUAACUCUUGCCAAGCCUCCUUGGAAGAGUAUGUCUUUACAAAGAGGAGUAGCACCCCCAACAAAUGUGAAUACAAAAACAUUCAAACCACCAGCUACUAUUGUUCACCGGAAUCAAUUAAAAUCUGAUGAAACUUCUCAUUCUGUAGCAGAGCCCUUUGAAAGGGCUACCAAUGCGAGGCUUACUUCUUUCAUUGAUCAGCCAGAUUUUCCAUUAGUUGAAAUGAACAGUUAUGGCUCAAAAUCAAUAUCCAAUUACGCCCCCCUUCAAACUAUUGCAACUCAUCAAAGAAGAGAUUCUGCUAAUUAUUCUCUCGCAUCCUCAGCAGAGUCUGAAUCUAAUGUUCCACAUUCUUGAUUUUAUCAGAUGCAUUUGCACCAUGUCCAGUCAUUAAUCAGUACCUUUUAAAAAGAUAUGUAGAAUAUCUUAUAUUAUGUGUAAUGAGUUAUCUAUGUAGUCAAAUAUAAAUUAUUUCUAGUGUGUUCUACCAUUAUAAUGCAUCUCCGAAGUCAAUGUCUAUCAAAAUAUUGCUGCUAUACCCAAAACGUAAUCCAGCCAAACUAUUGACCCUGUCCUUUUUUUAAAGUGUGUUCUAUAUAUUUUCCUUAAAGAAUAGUGCAGAAAUUCAGUUCUUUGAAGUUGCAAACAAUGUGUUAAAGUAGGUAGUCAAUACAUCUAUAAAAACUAACUGCUUUUAAUAUUGCAUUCACACUUUUUAUCUAUAUUAUGCUUUUUAUGUGUAACACAUUUUAGUAAAAAUUAUUUUUAUUUAAUAUCAUCAAAAUGUUAAAUUUCAAUGUAUGUCAUUUGCAUAAGACUUAAAUUGAAGCAAAAAAUUAAUCACAUUGAAAAUUUAUUUGAUUCUAAAUUAUGUUUUGUAACACUAACUUAGUUGUUAUAAUUAUUGUAAGAAGCGAAUUAAUUAAAUCAAUAAUUCUCUCAUAAUCAAAGUUAACAGAGAUAUGAAGGAAAAGAUUGUAGCAAUAGGAAUGUUUAGGUGUUAUAGAUAAUUAGAAACAAGUAAAAGUAGGAAAAUUGCUAACUUCAAAAAUGUACAAAGUUUGAAUAUUACCACGCUAACAAUGUUUUGUAAUACUUUUUAUUUUAACAAUUGUCCUUAAAAUAGGUCUAACUCACUUAGUUACUUCAGUUAACUCAAUUUAAUAUAAAAACAAAAUUAUUGCAUAGAUUAAAUAGGAAUUAUAUGUAAUUUGAAAGAAAGCAUUAA